AUGGGAACCUAUCGCAUGUACACCGGCGACGACGGACAGACCCACAUCGAAACGAUUGACCUGGCCAACACCCCGGAUUGGACCGCCGCCCAGGAAGCCGCCACCAUCACUUUCAGGGAGGCCCCCGCAGGCCGUUUCCAGGACUGGCACCCGGCGCCCCGGGCCCAGUACGUCAUAAUACUGUCUGGACAGUUGGAAAUCGGUCUGGGCGACGGGUCAAAGCACAUUUUUGGCCCCGGCGACGCCCGCCUGGUUGCCGAUACCACCGGACAGGGACACACCACGGCAUCCUACGGUGACGCUCCCUGCGUUACGGCCACUAUCCCCCUGGCAAACCAAUAA